AGCCAAGGGCUAUCAUAUGAAACCAUACAUUUGUUGUUGUUGUUGAUAGCAAAAUACAAUGGAAGCUGCUCUCCUUAGCCUGAGCUCCACAACUGCAACUCUCCAUCUAUCCAAACCUUCAGUUUCUAUCUCUAGGACAAAAUCAUUUCACAAAAACAUCUCAGUACACUCCAACAAAAACAACAACAAUAACAGGAGGUCAAGCAGGAGGACGAUGCUAGUAACUGCAAGCUCUAAAGCUGCAGCAACUGAAACUGCUGCUUCUGCUGCUGCUUCUGUUGCUGUCCCUACUGAAAUGAAGGGGUGGUUGUAUGAUGAAUAUGGUGGUGUUGAUGUGUUGAAAUUUUCAACACAGGUGGCAGUCCCUCAAGUUAAUGAUGAUCAGGUUUUGGUUAAGGUUAUUGCUGCUGCACUUAAUCCUGUUGACUUUAAAAGAAGGUUUGGUAAAUUUCAGGCCACUGAUUCACCUCUCCCGACUGUUCCAGGAUAUGAUGUUGCUGGUGUAGUGGUUAAGGUAGGAAAACAAGUAAAAGGUUUCAAAGUGGGAGAUGAGGUCUACGGAGAUAUACACGAGAAAACAUUGGAUGGGCCUAAACAGUCAGGUUCUUUGGCUGAGUACACUGCUGUUGAGGAGAAACUGUUGGCUUUAAAACCCAAGAAUUUGGAUUUUGUUCAGGCUGCUAGUCUGCCUCUUGCAAUCGAGACCGCAUAUGAAGGUUUGGAGAGGGCUGGUUUCUCAGAAGGCAAAUCAAUCCUUAUUUUGAAUGGUGCUGGUGGAGUUGGAUCGCUUGUUAUUCAGCUUGCAAAGCAAGUAUUUGGGGCUUCAAAAGUAGCAGCCACAUCUAGUAAACCAAAACUCGAGUUGCUCAAGAGUUUAGGGGCUGAUGUAGCAAUUGAUUACACCAAAGAGAACUUUGAAGAACUGCCUGAUAAAUACGAUGUUGUCUAUGAUGCAAUUGGGCAAGGGGAGAAAGCAGCAAAGGUGGUGAAAGAAGGUGGGAGUGUGGUGGUUCUGACCGGUGCAGUGACACCACCAGGGUUCAGAUUUGUUGUGACUUCUAACGGUUCCGUGCUGACAAAGCUGAACCCGUACUUGGAAAGUGGUAAGGUCAAGGCAGUGAUCGACCAGAAUGGUCCAUUUCCAUUCGACAGGGUGAAAGAAGCUUUUUCUUACCUUGAAACUAACCGAGCUACUGGAAAGGUUGUUGUAUAUCCUAUUUCUGAAGAUUAUAUUUUGGAAAAGUUAACAAAAUAAAUGUAAGAAAACAUGUGGUGAGUGUCUUCAAUAAAUUAUAUAUCAGUUUAGUUUCGUUGUA